AUGCCGCAUACCGUACCCGGAUGCCUUCAUCCGAGUAAUGGGAGGAACGCCAUUGAUUGGAACGACGGUGGUCUCAUCGCUUAUGGCUCCCACAAUGUAAUUUUCAUAGUAGAUGUGCUCCGUUACAAGCGGAUACAAUCGAUAGAGCAUCAUCAAUCAGCUAUAAAUAUCGUCCGCUGGUCUCCGGCUCGCUCCCCCUUCGCAGAUUCCACAAAAAAUCAGCCAAUAGUCGCCUCCGCCGAUAUAGGAGGCCAUAUUUCCAUCUCAAAUGCUCUCUCAGCCACUCAAAUCAACCAGUUCUCCCAUCCGAAUACCUCUGUUCUCCAAAUGUUCUGGUACCCGUGGAAAGACAUCUCCCGUGACUUCCUUCUCGUCCUUCACUCCUCGAGUACCGUUGUCCUUUGGAAUACGGUAACUGGAGAGAAGGUGUGGAAUCACACGUACUCGCACGUACCGUUGUUCGAUUUUAGUGUCGAUCCGUUCUCGUUGAGAAAUGUUAUAUUCAGCAGUUCUGGCAACAAAGUGCUCGUGUGCUCCGACAUUGCUCUCUCAGAGCCCGCCUCCUCCGGUCACCUCUUCCAAAUUGCUUCAGAAGACACGUCUUCAACUAACUCCAACAUUUACCUCAUCACAUAUCACAAAGCCUAUCGAAAUACGGUUUUUAUCGCCAUCAAUUCUAGUCUAUACGUAGUGAAUCCAGAGUUAAUGUGCUGUCUAUCACGUGUUCCCAUCGAAUCGAAUAUAGUGAAUUGGAUGCCUUCUAGUCGACGAGACGCCCUAUUCGCAGUACAUUCCAAUGGGGCGACCACUUUCAGAGUCACCAAAUUCGAACCGACUGAGGAGAAGAAGCCGAAUGCCAGUUUUACGAUGGACAAGAUCUGCCAAACAGAAUGUGUCCGCCCGAUGAAUAACCAACGAAUCGUGGCUGCCUCCCUCUGUCCGACCACACAAUCUACCGUAUCCGUCCUCUAUCAAAACGGGAAACUCGCAUUCUGGCAACUGUCGAAUGGGCGUGUCCCCCUACUGUACCGCGCGAGUUUCAUUGAGGCUUUACUCGAAUUUAAUGAGAAUUUGACGACGUCGCCUAUUGGAGAGCUCAGUUUACACCAAUUGAGUCAAAUGGGAUCAUUGUCUUCUGGAGUGACUUGUGUGAGGAUGAGACCGAUGGAUGAGUUGACGAAAGUGGAGAAUGAUCCGUUUGCAAACACGGCACUCGGCACUCUCCAUUUGGCCGCCGUCGGCACCAACUCUGGUACCGUCCAUCUCGUCGACGUGUUCACUUCUCAAAUCUAUCGAGAUUUCUCAGUUCAACCGUCUCUUGUGAAAUGUCUCGAAUGGGGCGGAGUCUAUUCUCUUGUCACCGCCGGAUACAAUCAUUCGUUGAGUGCAUCACAGAUUGUGAGAAAUGACGUCUUCAUUACGGACAUCCGGACAGGUUUGGCACGAAGGAUUCGACCGGAGACCGAUGAGAGUCCGAUUACUAUUAUUAGGGUGUCUUAUUAUCACUGCUACCUCGCCAUAGCCUUUCAACGAGAACCACUGGAAAUUUGGGACCUAAAAGGGCUCAGAAUGUUGCGUAAAAUGAGUAGAAGUUGUCCAUUAAUCAUAGACAUGGCAUGGUCCAACAAGCAUCACAGUAUCAAAACAACAGAAUCGACACUCCAAAGUGUCUAUCGGGAGAAUCUUGUACUUCUAGAUUCUGAGAAUCGAAUCUAUCAUAUAACACUUCGGGGACUCCAUGUGAGGGACGGGAAAAUGGUGAACACUCAGUGGAAAUCGGCGAGUGCUCAGAUUUGUGCGAUGACGUGGAAGGAUGAUAUGCUGGCUGUGGGGGAUGUUGAGGGGAAUCUGGUGGUUUGGGAUUUAGGAAGACGUCAGUCCAGACAGGUGAGAGAUGUCUCACACUCGAGAGUUCUUCGGAUGACGUUCUCACGAUUAGCUGGAGAUCAUACGAUGGCGGUGCUUCAUUCGAAAGAAGUCACCUUGUGGGAUACCGAAGCGAUGACAAGGAUUCAAUCGAUACGGAUGGACGCGGCGAAGUUGUGUUUGGACGCCGACUUGUGUGGAUUGUCGCCGUUGGUAUUGUCAAAUGAUAACACGUUGAGAUUUGUGGUGUCGAAUGCGAAGAAUCAGGCGUUGAUGGAGAAAGAAAUCCCGUUCAUCUACCAAGACGAUUCCAUCGGAAUAGUUCGUCAACGUCUCGAAUCCUCUUCCCAAUCAAAAGAAUCAACUCCUCCAGAAGACGAGAAACCGGACGAGAACUUUCUCGAAGACGCUCUUCAAUGGCUCGAGACUCAAAAGUCUCCCCUAAUCGAGACUCUCGAAGCGGAUCUCUCGAAACUUCAACGAGAACGAGUCGUCCGUCGAUUCGUUGGAGAUCACUUCUCCGCUGAUCUAUUAUCGAUCGUUAUCGAUCGAUUCGCCCCGCCCCUUUCUACUGUAGAUCAUUUGCCACCGAAUCUUCAAAUGUUUUGGGAUACGGUAUCAUUUAAAGAGCGUGAGACACGUGUGAUUACUGUAGCGUGUGCCGCCGAUCAGGCGAUGGAACGGCGGCUCGUCGAGCAAGCCGUAGUGGUGGGCGGAGCCGCGAAAGAGAGGGUGACAGAUCGUCUGAUUGUCUCCGCUGAUCUACGAUAUGCAAGUAUCAAAGCGGCACUCCUCGUGUCCUGUCAAGAUAAUGAGAAGGCAAAGUCGCUAAUUAAGUUAAUUGCUACCAACUUAAUUGCGUCGGACUUAAUUGAGGACGGCGUCGAGUUACUGUUUCUCGUGGGUGCUGGUGGUGAUGCGUGCAAGUAUUUACAGUCGCAGAAGCUAUGGACGAAGAGUAUUGUUUAUGCGAAGAUGGGUCUGUCCGAUCCCUCUGAAGUCGAAUCGAAAUGGAUCGGUCAUCUGGCGGAAGAGGCGAAACAAAUCCGCGUGCUCGCCGACGCCUCUCGCCGCAAUUGGCCAGACGUCGUCGAGGCGACGUCUUCAGCCGACGCCGUGCUCGCCCGUCUCAUUCUCCGCACGACGACUUCCACACCGCCGUUGUCAUCGUGUCCGACGCCGUCGGGAGGGAAAUAA